GCUCUGCCUUUCUUUCCAGGUGCUGGCGCUCAUCAGUUUCGAGGUCAACCCCCUUGCCGCGGAUGGCUCUGAGGGUGGUGGCGCAGCGUUGCCGCACGAGUCCGAGGCCCAACUCACCAAGCAGAUGGACGAGGUCAAGCCGAACUCGUCCAUCCUCCCUGCCAGCGCGUGUGAGGAUCAUCUCAUGUUCACCGAAUCCGAGUGUAAGGCGGAGGCGGGCGGCCUGCUUGCGAAGGCUCAGACCGACGAGCCCCUGGACAAGCUG